UCAUCUCCUUCUGCAGAGGGGAUUGCCAGCAAGCACUUGGUCGUUCUGCUACAAGACGAAAUCUUUGCUGACUUUUUCAACACAUUCUUGAAUCUUCCUGUGUUUGGUCAGAUGCCCCUUUUCAUGUUCAAGACUCGUCAGUGGCAUCUUUGGCCAGAAUUACCAUGCAACCAUGUCUCAAAGUACAAAGGCUUACUGAGUUGGAUGGAGAAACAUCGACUGCCCUAUUUCUGCAAAACCAACCUGUGCCUUCACUAUCUCCUCUGCGAGGAGCUCCUCAGCUUCAUCCGGUCCCCAGAGGCAGCGGACAUGCUGAGAUGGAGAAAGGCUGAUCAGUGGCUCCUGGAGAAGUGCAUCGGUGGCAGCAGAGGGAUGUGGCGCUUCCGUUCUUUCAUGCAAGGAAUGGCAGGGGAAGAACUGACCAAAUUCUGGCUGGCUGCAGAAAGGAUACUGGGUAUUGACGAAACGGAUGAAUCCCAGCAAGAUCUCUACAUAUCGCUCUUCCAGGUGUUGAUGGCCACUCACUUGCAGGAGGGCUCCGUCGUAGUCACCCUCUGUAGCUCAAGUAUUGAAUCGCUUUUGCAGAUGUCUUCCUGUCACCUCGAGCACACUGAGACGCGGAGGGAAGUCCUGAGUGAGAUGCAGAAAGUAGCCCUGUUCAAGAUCGAAAGCUACUGGCUCCCCAACUUCUACAUCCACUGCCAGCUGAGCAUGGAGCAAGAGCCCAAGUGUUCCCACUUGCUCCAGGAGUACGAAGAGCGGCUGUGCAUGGUCACGUCUCCCAAACCCUUCCUGUUCCCCCUGCCGACCAUGAGCAUCCGGAAGAGCAGCCUCACGUCCCUCGGCUACUCCAGUCUGAAAAGGAAGAAGGAAGUUUGGGAUCGCGUCACGGGGAAAGGGCCUGUCAAAACACGAGGGAAACAUAAAAAAGAGAACCGCGGACACUGCCGCAGGAGGUCCGCCUCGUCGAAGAGCAGUCUGAUGGUGAAGAAGCAUCCCCUUUCUAAAAGGCAAUUAGCCGCCAUGAGCACGUGGAAAAUGGAUCACGCCAACGAAAGAAACACAGAGGACCUUUCUAACUUCAAAACCAUCCCGAUGGGGCUGCUCUCCCCUCCGGAGCUGGACGAGCUUGGCAAGAGGAGCACCGUCACGAAACUCCGCGCUUCUACCCCCGUGGUCCAGUUCCCUUCCAUGCUGGCCUUAAAAACCAUAGUCAAGUCUCCCUUGUCCUUAGAAUUCCUUCCGUGGGUGCUCAGCGCCGACAAGUGUGCCGGGUGCCCCUUCCGGGAGUUCUUGCUCAGCCGGAAUUACGCGGUAGAGGUGCACCUCCUCGACCUCUGGCACGACCUGGAAGAUUUUCUGCGCAUGAUGAUGUGCUCCCUCGGGGAAGGCAAUGUCCUCUUGCGCCACGUGAUGGGCGAGAGGAUCUGUGAGCUGUACCUGACCCAGAACAGCAACUGGCACCUUCCUUUGAAGCUGACCACUCUCAGGGGGUUGCAGAGUCUCCUGCCGUCUGGGAACGUGAUCCCCUGGGUGCUCAAGGCACAGAAGGAAAUCUGUAAGAUUCUGUGCUUCCUCUAUGAAGAAUUCCUACAGCACGAUGACAAGAUGUUCCUGUUCUAUGUGCGGGGCAAGGAGAAGAAAAUGACUGAGGAAGAGCCUUAUGAAGAUGAUGAACACCUCCGACUCACCCAGAGAAUCAUGGAGUCCAUGAAUCUGAGCCAAGCGUUGGCUGGGAUGAGAGACUUUGACCUGCUGGCUGGAGAACACUGGCAGUUACUAGGCACUCAGGACCUGGGAAUGGGGGGCUCCGUCUUUAUGGAGCUGGCUCCUAUUGUGUACAAGAUAGAUUAUGCUGGCAUGCAAGUUGAGGAGAUGGCCACUGUCAACCCUAAGAUGGCUGUGGAAAUACUGAGUAAGAACUUCAGGGAAUUCUGCAAGAAGUAUCCAUUAGCGGGUGGUGUGUUCGUUCGGCCCACAAUCCCGAAAAGAAGCUUACACUGGACCAGGUCAAGUUUCUCCUUCAUGAGGAAGGGACCUCUCAUGAGAAAGCCCCUGAUAAGGCCCAAAGAGCUGACUGAUGUUCUUCAGAACCCCGUACAUCUGGAUUACUUCCAGCAUUUCCUGAAAUUGCACAAUGCCGAAACCCCACUCCUUUUCUAUUUGGGGGUAGAGGAUAUCCUUAAGGAGACUGACCCCAAGGCACAGCGUAUUUUGUUGAAUGAGUUGGUCAGGAAUUUCUUCUACCACAGCAUGCCACCAGAGAUGCUACUGCAGUGCAACGAUGAUAUCAUCCGAGAGAUACAGAAGUCCCGUAACGUCACUCUCGCCAUGGUGAUCUCAGCGCAAAACUGUGUCUUGAAGUGCCUGGGAGAACGAUGGUUUAAAUUGUACCAAGGCCUGUAUCCUGAGACUGAGAUUGCAUAUACUAUCCAUGGUGCAAGGGGAAGGAAAGGCUCCAUCAUAAAAGACAAGAUAAAAAAGCUCUGGAACAUGUUUGGCGCACUCGUUAAGAGUAUAUGCAGGUUCCGGAAGGCAAUGAGUUAUGCGGCGGAGCGCAAAGCAUUUGAAGCAUUCCUCCACCGGGAACUAAAAAACACCAAGGAAACUCAUGCGGCCGAUGACGCUUCCUGCGAGCACUGCGGGCAGCUCCCUUUGAAGCAGGGGAGGGCUGGGCUGAGCACUUGUGCAAAGGUGCGUGGCACUUCCAGUCACGUCAUCGAGCAGCGUGCGCAAAGCGCACACAUGCCUUCUCAGUCAGCAACUCAGCAGCAACGAGCAAGUGUUGGUGGAACCGGUGGCCGUCACGGUGGAUCUCCUGCCAGCUCCACACUGGAAGACGUUGACGUGGUCCAAGUGAGACGCCGAAUAUUUUCUGGCCGCAUCAUCUCAGUUAAUUUCCUGGUCAACGAUCUCUACUUUUACCUGGAGAUGGAGAAGUUUUUCCAUCUGUCCGAUUCGGUGGUCGUGCUGGCUUCCCUCGGGCUGUACACCGAGAAAGAUAUUGCCUUCCUGAGGUCUAAAGUGUCCACCAUCAACAAACUCUUCCUGAAUUCGGAUAUCCCGCCUAAACUGAGGGUCAACCUCACAGAAGCACAGAACAACCAAAUCAAGGCUUCAAUUGCUGAAGGUGUGCUGAACAGGACACUCUACCACAGUGCCAUGCUCUCGAUUUUUCCUGUCUUGUUAUACUUCUGGAAAAGGUAA